AUGUCGCACUUAUUGAAGUAUAAGGAGGGCUGCAAAGCUCAGAACAUUGAUAUGGCUACAAGGGUCGCUGAAAAGCUUGACAAGGAGAUGGGGGUCGUUCAAGAAGACAAGGGCACCGAUAAGCAGCAAUCUAUAGCACAGUUCACAAAGCCUCAGUACUCCAUGGCUGAUUGUCUCAAGGCUGCUCUCGACUGCCUCAUUGCUUUAAACUUGCCUAUCACGACUGUGGACCGCCCAGACUUUCGCCGUCUCAUGCUAGUCUGCGGCAACGGCCAACUUCAAGAUGGGGACAUCUACCCCCAGACCAGGGCAACUUCAAUGAUUGAAGACUGUGCAGACAUAGCGAUCCAAGAACUCAAGGCGCUUUUGAAGAAUGCACACGCCAAGAAAUCCAUAACCUGGGACCUUUGGACCAGCGCCGAUUGUACAUCCUUUGUGGCUGUCACCGUCCACUGGGUGACCAACAAGUUCAAGAUCACAUCUGAUCUGUUGGAGUUCAAGGAGGUGAAAUCAGCUCACACUGGCAGCAACCUUGCCGAGCUUCUGUAUCAACUUGUGAAGGAGUAUGACAUCGCCAAGAGCGUUGAGCGCAUGGAUGUGGGCAAGCUCUUGGCCAAAAUACGUCAGCUCAUUGUCAAGGUCCGAGGCAGUCCCAAUGCUGGGCAAUACUUCCAAAAAUGCUGUGUGGAAGCCAACACUCGUCAGCUUGUUCUCCUGCCCUUUUGUAAGACAAGGUGGGGCUCAAUGUGUACUGUGAUUGAAAGGGUGCUGGUGCUCAGACCCGCCAUAAACCAGUUCACCAGCACCUCAGACACGGCUUGCAACGUUCCGAAGGCAGGGCCCAAACGCCAGAUGUAUUGUGACUUCACAAUAUCUGAUUGCGAGUACCAGGUGCUCGGGAUGUUGAGGAAGGUCAUGAGACCUGGCGUCGACAUCCAGCAGAUCUUUGGCGCUCAAGAUCAUCCAAGUAUUGGGCUUGUGAUGAUUGAACUGAGCAAACUGCUCAAGACGUGGGAGCAGAUGUCAGAGUCGUUCAACAACUCUAUCAUCCAACCUGCCAUUCAAGCAGGCAUUGAUAGCAUCAAGAAGUAUUACAAGAAUGCUAUCAUUGCGGGUGUACCAGUCUUCGCGCUUUGUAAGUCCCAAGGCAAAGGAUACAUGCUGACUGUCCUCUUCUUGUCUAUUCAGUCCUACACAUUGCUUUUAAGGACAUCUAGUCCAUGGUUCAUCUCGGUGAUGAAACGCACGAGGAGUUGCUUGAGGCUUUCAAAGAAGAGGUACGGUGGACCAGGUCGCUCGAGAGUUGAGACUGUACAGUGGCAGAGGCUGACAACCAAACAACAGUUUUGCCGCUAUCGAAAGAUCUACACCACCACUUCUACCACGUCUUCCCCCGCCUUGCCUACCAUCGACAUGGAUCUUCCUGCCAUGAGUGCCUCCGAGAUGAAGAUGCACAAGAUGAAGAUGGAGAGGAAGAGGAGGGCGGAAGAGUUGGCGCGAUUGGAAGCUGGAGAUCCCGAGCUUACCAAACUCACUGACUACUUCAAGACUCUUGAGGAAGAACCGGUGGUUCUGAAGGGUGUCAACAGACACCAAUUUGUCUCUGAGUGGACCUUGACAUGGUGGUAUAAAAAGCAGAUGAUAUACCCGGUGCUCUCCAAGAUGGCUCGUGACAUCUGGGGUGUGCAAGCCUCUUUGGUGCCUUGCGAGCGGAUGUUCUCUCAGGCUGGCUUGGCAGAUACCAAGAGGCGCCAGUCCAUGACCCUCAAGCAUUUUGGUCAACUACAGCGCCUCCAGGCCCAUGCCAAGGUAGUCAAAGAGGUCGCCACCAAGCGUAGUGCCUAG